AGUUCGACUCAUGUUUUGGGCCGUAGCUCGCGUACCAACAAGAAAGUAAACAAAAAAAAUGGCUUUAGAUUUUUCCGCUACGUAUAAACUGUUGGUCUUAGGUGAUUCUAACGUAGGUAAAACGUGUAUAGUUCACAGGUACUGUGACGAGAGGUAUUAUGAUAUUUACAUAUCCACAAUAGGAAUAGAUUUCAAACAAAAAAUAAUAAACUUGGACGGUGUGCCUAUUAAGCUUCAGAUAUGGGAUACCGCAGGUCAAGAAAGGUUCCGCACACUGACCACUGCUUAUUACCGUGGAGCUAUGGGGAUUAUACUCAUGUACGAUAUUACCAAUUUGGAGUCGUUCAACCAUUUGUCAUAUUGGCUCAGGAAUAUACAAGAGUACGCGUCUCCAGAUGUCAUUAAGGUGCUGGUGGGCAACAAAUGCGACGUACAUGAAAAUCACAGAGCCGUUCCCAAGGAUAGAGGUCAAAAGAUUGCGGAUGACUUCGAUAUGCCGUUUUUCGAAGUGUCUUGUAAGAACAACAUAAAUAUAGAGGAGGCUUUCUUGACGUUGGCCAGAAAGAUCAGAGAGUACCGGGAGACGAAGGCUGACGCAUUUGAAUUGAAGGAAAGAGACAACGUCGUCAAGCCUUCGGUUUCUGAAACUGACGCAUCGAAAUGCUUUUGUUAGCCUAUUGUAGUUGUUCACGGUAGCUGAUUCUUGUCUGAUUCCAACGCAGUCGUGUUCACAUGUUAAAUUUUCAUCUCCUACAUAUUUACGUUACCGAGUACUCGAAGAUUGCGCAAAGAGUUGAAUAUAGAGCAAUUUUUUUAAAUAAAAUAUCGAAAAUUUAAAU